UCAUAAUGAAAGAAGUAGAGAGUCAAAUGCUAGAACAUGGUGAAAAACUAAAUCGUAUACAGCAGAUUGUAGAACAAGUUUGCAAGAAGCAAAGAGAAUCCGGUGAACAGCAUCACAACAUAAAUGGAGAGAGAGAAAGUCUCUAUAACGCCACAAAUGCUACGUACAGCUGUAAAAGAAUUACAAAAACGUCAACUAUUUGUUAAAUCAAAGAAUUUAAAAGAUUUUAUACGAAGAUACUAUCCGGUUGAAAGAGACUUCGAAGCUCUCGAGCAAGAAUUGCAGGAGAAAUUGAAGUAUGCUGUUUGUGUCGGACUCCUCGCCAAACACGGCGACGACCAAUAUUGCAUACCGACUUUACGAGAGGAGGCUAACAUUACUAAAACAGCGAUCAGCGCAUUCUGGGAAAUGUAUAAAAAUAAUAAUCGAUUGCGUAACGUGAGAAAAAAGAAAAAGGCUGACGUUAAGCGAUCAAUGUCGCGCCGGAAACAAAAGGAUUAUGCAAGUUCUUCUAAUACUAAUGAAACCGAUAGCAGUGAGGAUUUAUAGAUUUUUUUUCUAAUUGUAAAACGCGUAAAAAUUAAACGUUGAUGUUAAAUCAUUUUAUGCCGCAUUGUAACACAUCUUUCCAAUACAUAUCUUAUGUACUGAUACACAAGUUUUUUUUUUUAUUCUAUCAACAAAAAAUGUAAUAUUUAUAUAAAGUAAUAUUAUAUAUAAAUUAAUUUUGUUUAUUUAUAAAAUAUAGUACAUAAAAUAUAGAUAUACAUAAUUCUGAUACAUACAGAUGCAACUUGAUUAUAUACAAUAGAAAGUCUAACAUUGUGUAGCACCAAGAACGGAAAAAGAGUUAUUUACAUCAUAAAAAGUUUCUUCGCUGGU